AUGUUUCUCAAAGCUAGAUCCCAAGAGGUGGUUCCAAAUGGUUGUAUGGUGUUGAUACUUUGUGGUAGGCAAUCUUCUGAUCCUUCAGACAUGGAGAGCUGCUUUACUUGGGAACUAUUAGCUAUAGCCAUUGCUGAAUUGGUGUCACAGGGAUUAAUAGAUAAAGAUAAAUUAGACACCUUCAAUGUACCUAGCUAUUUUCCAUUACUUGAGGAACUGAAAGAUAUAGUGGAGAGGGACGGAUCAUUCACAAUUGAUCAUAUGGAGGGGUUUGAACUUGAUAGCCUACAGAUGCAGGAGAAUGAUAAAUGGGUUAGAAGGGAAAAGUUUGCAAAGGUUGUCAGGGCCUUCAUAGAGCCUAUAAUUUCAAACCAGUUUGGACAUGAAAUCAUGGACAAACUAUAUGACAAGUUCACUCACAUUGUAGUUUCAGAUUUGGAAGCAAAGCUACCGAAGACCACAAGUAUCAUUCUAGUGCUUUCCAAGAUUGAUGGAUAG